AUGCAAUCCUCCUCUAGGCCAUUGACGCUCCAGCGUCCGUCCGUCUCGAGCCCCUCGGCCACCGCGAUACCCGGUCGACAGUCCCAUGCUCGAAAUAACUCCCACUCUCUCCUCUCCACUUCCCUCAAUGCAAACCACCGCGUAACUCGACGCAAGUCCGUCACGAACCCGGGUCCCAAUGUAGCUGCCCUCACCGCUGCCGUUGCCAACGGCGAGCAGAUGGCUGCUAUCCCCAUCGCCAACGGAGGCCGACGCAAUACCGUAUCUAAAGCUGCCCUCGCGAAGACGGCCCUUGUUGGCAGCCUCCCCUCCCCUCCUGCCAGUCUGCCCGCGAACAAGACCAUACCCGAAAUCAAGCACGAAAUUCACGACAGUGCCAUCGACGACGGAAAUGACGUGUCGGCGGAUGAAGCCAACAAGUCACAGAAUGCCCGCAUUCGACGGGCCAGUGACGGCUCCCCCCUCGUGAAGGAGUCCAAGAAGAGCAACCGCGUCGAGGUACGCUGCGACAAGUGCGGCAAGAGCUACAAGCAUAGCAGUUGCUUGACCAAGCAUUUAUGGGAGCAUACGCCCGAAUGGUCCUUCACGUCAAAGCUGCUCAUCUCAAAGCACCAGCAAGUGCAGCUUUUGGAAGCCGCCUCCGUACUUGUCGCUAUGAACGACAAGGAGAGCACGGCAACACCACCAGAUUCAACCAAGGAUUCUGGCAGCGAGCCUGAUUCUUCAUCGCCCGCCGCCUCCGGCUACUCGGAGCAGAUUGAACGCCAAAGCUCGGCCGAUACCACCCCGCCGCCCAUGCUGGAAGAAUCAGGCCUCAGCGGAUUGUCCUACCGUGACAGCAAUGGUGCUGGGUUCGCCCGAAGCUACCAGUCUGCUGUCUCGGGAAGCAUUCCUAAUGGCUCCAUGUUUGGGCACUUCCGACAGCCCAGUCACGAGCGUCGACCACCAUCAUCUGGUGCUAACCGCACCGGUGAGGAUGACCGUGACUUGGCCGCUGCUGUCGAGCUACUCAGCUGCAGUUUCAACAGCAACAAUGGGUCUCACGGCACUAUAACAGUGCCGUCAGAUGCACCACCUGUACCACCAGUUCCUGCCCAGUACCUUGACCAGGCUCCUUCGUUUUCGAGUGCGGGAUUCAUCAACAGUUUCCCUAGUCGUCAACCGGAGAGUUUCACUCGGGGUGAGAUACGCCGUGGCAGCCAGGAUGUUAAGAUGGAAGACAGCGAUGACGACUUCGACAUGCAAUCUCGAGCUCGAAGUGACGAAGAUGAUGAUGGCGUUUUUGGUCGUAUGGAGGAGUAG